UCCAAAGCCAAUUGAAGACGAAACAAGCGAACAAAUUUGAACUCUUUUGAGUUCCAAUGUGUUAAUGUUGCCUAUUUGCAUACUAUUCGUUUAUCGGACUUUUUGGUAAUUCCGUGAGUGAGAAAAUAAUUUUCCGGCGAUAUCUCUGCUUGAUUCAUCUUGGCGCUGUAUACCUUAUUGUUGUGUUUGUACGUAACGCGGGCAUUAUCCAUCAGUCACAUGCUGUUGAUGAAUGCACGCUUGGAACAAUGUCGAAAAUAAUGUGAGAGCUAUAAUUGUGGCAUGUUGUUUAUUACCCUGUUCCCAAACUACUAAAUCUGAAAGCGACCGGCGCCAAUUCUCCGAAGGCGAUGAUACGAACUACCAGAGUAUGGAGAGGGGGAGUUGGAAGCAGUACCCCCUUGUUUCAUGUCUGGCCGUGGAGCAGCAGAAAUGUCUCUACAUCACGACCUGUGCCCGCAAAACGAUCUAUAAGUUUCCCGCUAAGCAUAAAGUUGAUCCCGAAAGUGAUGGAAAGGAGGGUGCUUUGCCCUGCUAAUAUUGGUAGCAAACCAAAUGCGCAUCUGUACAGAGUGCAAACGAUACCAAAUACCUUCAGCAUGCUCAAUGCCCGGAGCAUCGCAAGUGAUAAUAGCCAUAAGACUCGGUCUAGACGGUUGGAGCAGAAAGAGGCACUGACAUGGCAACAAAAAAUAUUCCCAUACGCAAAAUUGAUGCGUAUCGACAGACCCAUCGGUUCGUGGUUACUGUUUUGGCCCUGCGGAUGGAGUAUAGCGCUCAGUGCCCAAGCGGGAUGUUGGCCGGAUCCGAUGAUGCUUGGUUUGUUUGGAGUAGGAGCAUUCGUUAUGCGUGGCGCCGGAUGCACGAUCAACGAUCUGUGGGAUCGUGAUAUAGAUGCAAAGGUCGAACGUACUCGAAAUCGACCACUGGUUGCAGGAGAAAUAGCCCCAUUUGACGCGUUAGUGUUCCUGUCCGGCCAGUUGGGUGUAGGAUUGUUAGUAUUGCUCCAGUUGAACUGGUACUCAAUUCUGUUAGGUGCCAGCUCAUUGGGACUAGUCAUCGUUUAUCCUUUGAUGAAACGUAUCACCUAUUGGCCUCAAUUGAUGCUCGGUGCUACCUUCAACUGGGGUGCUUUGCUUGGUUGGAGCGCUACACAAGGAUCAGUCGAGUGGUCCGCCUGCUUGCCACUAUACGUCGCUGGAGUUUGCUGGACGAUCGUGUAUGACACUAUAUACGCACAUCAGGACAAAGUGGACGAUUUGAUAAUAGGAAUCAAGUCAACGGCUCUACGGUUUGGAGACGAUACGAAACUGUGGCUUAGCGGUUUUACGGCAGCUAUGCUGGCCAACCUACUAACCGCUGGACUGGUGUGUGAUCAAACGUGGCCAUAUUAUACCUCAGUUGGGCUCAUUGGGGCUCACUUAGUUCAUCAGAUUCACUCUCUAAACAUUCACAAUCCAAAGGAUUGUGCCACCAAAUUCAUUUCGAAUCAUCAGGUAGGAUUUCUGCUAUUCCUUGGAAUCGUCCUUGGCACGCUGUACAAAAAGAAUAGUGAUGAUCGAACAAAAAGCUCCGCAACUACAACUGGUAGCAGCAAUAGCAGCACCGGGGGCCAGUUAAGUGCCACGGUUACCAGCGCGAGAAAUAUUGUGGUAUGAAAUGCCAGGCUUUCUAUGUACCUCCAAUGGAGAAGUCUUCACAAUACGGGGUACGGGGUGCUUUCAAAAUUGGUUUUCAACCGUGCACUACGAGAUACAGUGGCUGAAGCAUUAGGAGAUUUUUGCGUUGCUUAAAUUGAGUAUAAUGUAAAACAUAAAUAUUAAUUGUUGUAGAAAAUUCAAAGAUUAUUCUAUACAAUUCAUCCCAUUUUGCAAGCGAGGAACGAUUGUUCAUUUUGAGGCUUUAUACAUAUUAAGAAUAUCCGGACUUGUCUAUGUGCUACAGCAAGAAAGUUAAUUAAAUGCAAUGCC